CAGGACAGAGCCCUCCCUAUUUGAUCUUGGCAGCAGAUUCUGUCACAGCCUGAUCCUGUUGUCGUAUCUUGAUACCAGCACUAGUAUAAAUAGACACUCACCUUCAAGGCUGUCAUAUAAAAUACCCAUAAAACACGGGCUGAAUAUUCGCAAAGAAUCCCCAAAAGCCCUCAGCUAUUUUCUCUUACACCAUGUCCUCACGCCGGGGCCUUCACCAGGCCUCAGCCCAAUCUCCAACAUGGCCCGUGAGAAGCUGUUGAUUCACAUACAAUGUAUGAAUGUCUCAGACACGCAUCAGUAGUGGGGUUUUGAAGUCCGCAGCCAAGGCAGUGUCCGGUUCACACUACUCAAAACAGGUAUUGCUUGCGACCGGAGAAGGAUUAAACAGCAACGCGCGCAUACAAAAAGUUGGAAACCCUCAAAAUCGAUUCAUUCUUUGCAAUUAUGGCAUGAUGCUCACCUACAGUACAACAGCAGCGGCCACAUGUCCCAAACAGCAUCGACUCUCCGGCAAAAAGAAGAAACAAGCAAACUUGCCCAAACCCCUGCUUCUCAUCACACCAGUGUUCGCCGCCAAGAAAUAUCCACCCGUUUGCUCUCCCUAGAAGGAGAAAAACAAGGACUGCGUCGCUUCACACCCUUGACCCUUGCUCAUCUCAGCCAAAGACGGGUAAAAAGACUAGCUAGAAGAAAAAAAAGCUCAUCGGGG